CUUUCGAUCGGACAGCGCACAAUACCGGGAGAAGCCGAGGCAGGCCGUGAUGAGACGAGUCACGCGGAACUAGCGGAGCGACGAAGACCGGACCUGGAAGAAGGGCAACCCUAAAACCCCACGGCGGUGUACGGUCUCCUCGACCUCCUGUCUCCCUCCUGCUGCCGUAAGCCGCCGCCCCGACGCGCCGCACCGCGGCCGGCGAGAUGAACUUCUUUCGGAGAUCCUCCCAACUCCUCGCGCUCCCGCUCCUCUUCCUGCUGCUAGCGCAGGUGCCGUCACUGGAGGCGGCCGAGUCCACGCCGGGGACCCGGACGCGCAAGAUCGGCGGCACGGGGGCCUCCUCGGUGUUCUCGCUCUUCAACCUCAAGCCCAAGAGCAAGUUCUGGACCGAGUCCGUCAUCCGCACAGAAUUCGAUGACUUGGAAGGAUCGGCGUCGCGGGAUUCCAGCAAGAAGGGUUUGCUCAACUUCACAAGAGCUGGUAAUAUUGCAAAUUAUAUGAGCCUGUCGGAGGUUGAUUCCAUAUAUCUUUCGAUCCCUGUGAACUUCAUCUUUAUUGGAUUUGAUGGAAAAGGAGGACACGAUUUUAAGUUGGGAACUGAAGAAAUAGAGCGCUGGUUUACAAAAAUAGAUCACAUAUUUGAGCACACAAGAAUCCCUCCAGUUGGCGAAGUUCUUACGCCGUUCUAUAAGACAAGUGUUAAGAAACUUCGGCAGUAUGAUCUUCCUUUAGUCAGCCAUGUGAACCACAAUUUUUCUGUGCAUGCAAUACACAUGGGAGAAGAUGUUUUAUCUGUUUUUGAACACGCUAUAAAAGUUCUUUCGCGUAGAGAAGAUCUCGCGGAUUCCAGAGAAAAUGAGGAGGGAUUUUUGCAAGUGGAUAGUGCUCAAAUGGAACAUAUAUUUUCUACUCUUGCUGAUCACCUUCAGAUACAAGAAGCUUACAAUAUCUUCAUUCUUAAUCCCAAGCCUAUUGGCAAGAGUAUUAAUUAUGGUUACCGGAAAGGUUUCUCCGAGUCUGAGAUCAACUUGCUCAGGGAGAAUAAGACUCUGCAAACUCGGAUACUCCAAUCUAAAAGUGACAACAAACUCUUUCUUGAUAUUGAAAAGGGAGUCAAUAGAAGGCCCUUGUACGAAAGCCAUCCUCUAUCAUCAUUUUCAUGGACCACAACUGACAAUAUGGAUAUGGGGGAUUGGUCAAAGAAAUGCAAGGAAGCAUUAACCAAUUUUGAGCUGCUGAAGGAAGGGAAAAGUAAAGAUGACAUUGUUUAUGACAAAGCCGUUCAGAUAUUACAUGGCACAAAGGAUGAGCUGCAUGGCAUUUUAGAAAGUGCACUACAGUCUAGUGAUUUGAAGGGUCUCCAUGGUCAAUGCCUUACGGAUAUAUGGAUUGGCAGAGACAGGUUUGCUUUUAUUGAUCUGAGUGCAGGGCCAUUUGCCUGGGGCCCUUCUGUUGGCGGUGAUGGUGUUCGUACAGAACUUAGUCUACCAAAUGUUGCAAAGACUGUUGGGGCUGUUGCAGAAGUUACAGAAGAAGAAGCGGAAGAAAAAUUGCAAGAUACAAUCAGAGAGAGAUUUUCAUCCUUUGGGGAGGAUUACCAUGCUGUGGAUAUCCUAUUGGCAGAGAUUGAUGUCUAUGAACUUUUUGCUUUCAAGCAUUGUGUGGGAAGAAGGGUACAGCUUGCCCUUUGCAAAGAACUUGAUGAGAGGAUGCAUGACCUGAAAAAUGAAUUGGAGGGUUACAAUACUGGAGAUUCUGAUGAAAUUAACAAGAAGAAAGCUCUUGAUGCGUUGAAGAGAAUGGAAAACUGGAACUUAUUUAGAGAUACUUCAGAGGAACAUCAUAGUUACACAGUAGCUCGUGAUUCAUUUCUUGCACAACUUGGAUCAAUGUUAUUGGGUUCUAUGAGGCAUGUAAUUGCUCCUUCUGUUUCUCAUAAAGCACACCAUUACUACGAGAAGUUAUCAUUUCAGUUGUACUUUGUGACACAAGAGAAACUCAGGAAUAUAAAGCAGUUGCCUGUUAAUGUAAAAUCCAUCACAGAGAGCCUGAGUUCUGUGUUAUUACGAUACCAGAAGUCAAUGUUUACCCAGCGCAUGCUGUCAUUGUCAGAGGAACCAGCAUUGAUGAUGGCGUUUUCAAUGGCACGUCGCGCAGCUGCAGUGCCACUUCUGUUAGUCAAUGGCACCUAUAAGUCAACAGUUCAUACAUACCUUGAUUCUGCUAUUCUCCAACAUCAGCUACAGAGACUAAGUGAGCAUAGUUCACUUAAAGGGGGACAUUCAAAUCACAGGUCAACAUUGGAGAUCCCGAUAUUCUGGUUCAUACAUAGUGAACCCCUACUACUGGACAAACAUUAUCAAGCCAAGGCUCUCUCAAACAUGGUUGUAGUAGUUCAGUCAGAUGAUGAUGCUUGGGAAAGCCACUUACAGUGCAAUGGGAGGCCCAUCUUAUGGGAUUUGAGGAGAGCUGCGUGUUAUUGCAUUAAGAAGAGAAGUGAUCCAGUUUAUAAGGGAAACCGGGCUUGAAAACCAUAACAAGCAAAACGAUACAACCCGCGGAACCCAGUUCACGCGUAACACAAGAAAAGAAGAGAAACCCAAACCCCCCUGACAACCAGAUGACUCGUCACGGAGAGCGACAAACAACCCGGCGAACACAAAAAACAGCAUACAACUAUCCAUACCUGAUGACGCUAACCCGCCAACACUGCGCCCAGCUAGCACCUCGACCAGAACUUCCCGACAACUUCGCAGGCGGAGCCUUGCUCCCACGCCUGACAACUCAACACGGUCGGCAGCCCCCAUGCCGAACCACAAGCGCAAAGAAAGGGUCCUGGGACCGUCGGAGCGUAGCCAUUGUCGCGAAGCGCCAAAAGGUGAUGGAAGGCCUCGUCUAGAAGGGGACAACGAAGGAGGAUGGUGUGCCUUGCAAGAAGUGGUGUUGAUUGUAACAAAGAACAUAGAGAUUCUCCGAAACGACACCUUCAAGAAGGAAGUGGUAGAGGAACCGCCGUCGCUCGUCCGAAAAGUCGGACAAGGUUUUCACCCGGAGAGAUCUCGUGGGGGAAGUAUCGACACGACGCCUCCAUGGAGGUUAUGACGCCUGUCGGUGUCACCGUCGUCGGUAAUGGCAAGACGCCUGCUAGGGCUUUCACCCAAGAUUCCCCCAGCCACGGCACAACCUGAGGAACGCUAAGGCUCGAUGGGUCGACGAGAACAUCCACCUGCAACAGAGUAACCAGAAGCACACAACACAGGCACAACGCAUCGAUCAGGACGACCGGGGGCGGAGCCUCAUCCAGCAGCAACGAAGACCGACGGGCAGCACCAAAGCAGGGAAGUGCAAACGGUAGAUCUUCUAUCAGACACACCGCACCGACGCCCAGAGGAUGACAGCACCGAGUCAACUGGCCAAAUCAGCCCACCAGGGACGGCCAGCCGGGGGCCAGAAGCAAAGCCGACAUCCAAAGGCCGCAUAGAGGCCGCAUGUCCACCACCCGCCACCGGAGCUGUACGAACAGCACACCGGCGGCAAGGUGAGCAGACGCACAGGCCCCCGUGCGGAUCCUGCCUGAAGGGGUAGAUCUGGAGAAGGACAGC